GCUCCUCCUCCAGUUCCAGCUGCCGCCGCCGCCGCAGCCGCCGCUUCCUGGGCUGAGUCCGCCCGCGGUCCCGGCGGCUCCAGGUGUGUUCUCGCUGCCCAGCUCCUGCCCGAGUCCGCCGCCGCCGUAGCUGCCCCGGGCUCCCCGCCCCGCUGCCGAGAUGGCGACUCGCUCCUGCCGGGAGAAGGCUCAGAAGCUGAACGAGCAGCACCAGCUCAUCCUGUCCAAGCUGCUGAGGGAGGAGGACAACAAGUACUGCGCCGACUGCGAGGCCAAAGGUCCUCGAUGGGCUUCCUGGAAUAUUGGUGUAUUUAUUUGCAUCAGAUGUGCUGGAAUCCAUAGAAAUCUUGGGGUUCAUAUAUCCAGGGUCAAGUCAGUCAACCUAGACCAAUGGACACCAGAACAGAUACAGUGCAUGCAAGAUAUGGGAAAUACUAAAGCAAGACUACUCUAUGAAGCCAAUCUUCCAGAGAACUUUCGAAGACCACAGACAGAUCAAGCAGUGGAAUUUUUCAUCAGAGAUAAAUAUGAAAAGAAGAAAUACUACGAUAAAAAUGCAAUAGCUAUUACAAAUAUUUCUUCUUCUGAUGCUCCUCUUCAGCCUUUGGUAUCCUCUCCUUCUCUACAAGUUGCUGUUGAGAAAAACAAAUUGGAGAAAGAAAAGGAAAAAAAAAAGGAAGAGAAAAAGAAAGAAAAGGAGCCAGAAAAGCCUGCAAAACCUCUUACAACUGAAAAGCUGCAGAAGAAAGAAGAUCAGCAGGUGGAGCCCAAAAAAAGUACCAGCCCUAAAAAAGCUGCAGAGCCCACUGUUGAUCUUUUAGGACUUGAUGGCCCUGCUGAGGCACCAGUGACCAAUGGGAACACAACCACAGUGCCGUCCCUGAAUGAUGAUCUAGACAUAUUUGGACCAAUGAUUUCUAAUCCCUUACCUGCAACUGUCAUACCCCCAGCUCAGGGGACACCCUCUAUACCUGCAGCUACCACUCUGUCUACAGUAAUAUCUGGAGAUCUGGAUCUAUUCACCGAGCAAGCAACAAAGUCAGAAGAGGUGGCAAAGAAACAACUCUCCAAAGACUCCAUCUUAUCUUUGUAUGGUACAGGAACCAUUCAGCAGCAGAGUACUCCUGGUGUGUUUAUGGGACCCACAAAUAUACCAUUUACCUCACAAGCACCGACUGCAUUUCAAGGUUUUCCAUCGAUGGGUGUGCCUGUGCCUACACCUGCAGCUCCUGGCCUCCUCGGAAAUGUGAUGGGACAGAGUGCAAGCGUGAUGGUGGGCAUGCCCAUGCCCAAUGGGUUUAUGGGAAAUGCACAAACUAGCGUGAUGCCACUUCCUCCAAACGUGGUUGGCCCCCAAGGAGGAAUGGUGGGACAGAUGGGUGCACCCCAGAGUAAGUUUGGCCUGCCGCAAGCUCAACAGCCCCAGUGGAACCUCUCACAGAUGAAUCAGCAAAUGGCUGGCAUGAGUAUCAGCAGUACAAACCCAACAGUGGGUUUUGGCCAGCCCCCCAACACAACAGCAGGAUGGUCUGGAAGCUCAUCGGGUCAGACUCUCAGCACACAGCUGUGGAAAUGAAAACUGCAAUCCAAGUUUCAUCCAGAACUACCACCUGACAUUCCUUGCUAAAACGCAUCUAGUUCCCCUGUUUAUUCAUGUACAUAUAAAUUUUUUCUUUUUCCCCAUUUGUUCAUAUUAAGAAUUAUCUGACCGUGUUGGUCUGUACUGAUUAAAUUUGAUGUGAAAAGCAGGUUGAGAAACCAUUUUAUGUCAAGGGCAGCUUUGCUCAUUUCCCAUGAUUUCAUAAACCACAUUAUUUGAGAAGCUGCUCAGUCAACUUGCAUAAUCAGUUUUACUCUCAAUAAAAUUAUAGCUCUAAUGUCUGCAUAUAAGGGAAGUAGUUAUCAUGUUAGUAAUACCUCUAACAGUAUAAACCCCACCCCCAAAUUAGCCAGUAAUCCUUAGGAAGGUACUGUAUGAUCAAAUGUUUAAUCAUAUAAAUAGAAUGUAAAUGUAUCACUGAGCACUGUUUUCUAGUGUAUCAAAAUUCUUUUAUUUCAUCAUUCACUUCACUGUGCUGUUGUUAUGAUGUGCUUAACAGGGAGCGUGGUUAGUGAAAGGAAGAUAAACCUGGAUGUUACUACAAAACUUAGUUUAACGAAUGUUUAAAGAACUCAAAUUUUAUCUGCCUCUCCUGUAAUUUGGAUCUCUUCUUAUGUACGUAGUGCUAAUAACGAAGAUCUUUCUCUGCACUGUAUGCAAACAGGGUAACUAAACAAGCCACUUUCAAUCCUUGAAGGUAUAUCCAGGUUUAUGACAGUAAUUGUGUUUACAUUUUAUGGUGCCUAGUAUUGACAAAAUGUUAUAUCCCUAUAUUAAACAGAUGAAUCCACAGACCUUUUUAUUUUUGUGGGUUUUAUUUCCUACAACGUAUACUGCCACCAACCUUACAAAACUUAAACUUAACAUUGCAAAGUGAGGAAUUGGGAACAUUUAGUUGGCAAAAUGCCUGUUGUUUCUAAAACCUGCUCAGUUCUACCAAUUAUAAGGCC